ACCUUCAAAACUUCAAAUCAACUUUCAUCCAAAGCAAAAGAAAGAAAAAAGAAAAAGCAUCGAAAAUGGCUACAAAAUCCAUGGUGGCGUUUAACAAUGCCGCUUUCUGCAUUCUUCUCCUCUUCGUUUCAGAUUUUCUCGUAGGCAUAGCAAUGGCGGCCGAGGGCUCGCAGGGAGACACAGUAAUCGGAAUUGAUUUGGGGACAACAUAUUCCUGCGUUGGAGUUUACAGAAAUGGAAAAGUAGAGAUCAUCGCCAACGACCAAGGAAACCGAAUCACUCCGUCGUGGGUGGCAUUCACGGACACCGAGCGCUUGAUUGGAGAAGCCGCCAAGAACCAGGCGCCUCUCAAUCCGGAGCGCACCGUCUUCGACGUCAAAAGACUCAUCGGAAGGAAGUUUGAUGAUCCGGAGGUGCAGAGGGAUAUGAAGAUGCUGCCGUACAAGGUCGUGGACAAGGACGGGAAGCCUUACGUAGAGGUGAAGAUGAAAGACGGUGAGGCGAAGGUGUUGAGCCCGGAGGAGAUCAGCGCGAUGAUUCUGCAGAGGAUGAAAGAGACGGCGGAGUCUUACUUGGGGAAGAAGAUCAAAAGAGCAGUCAUAACAGUUCCAGCGUAUUUCAACGACGCGCAGAGGCAGGCGACCAAGGAUGCAGGGACGAUCGCGGGGCUCGACGUGGCUCGUAUCAUCAACGAGCCGACUGCAGCCGCGAUCGCGUAUGGUCUCGACAAGAAGGGAGAGAGGAACGUGGUCGUCUUCGAUCUAGGCGGCGGCACCUUCGACGUCAGCGUGCUGACCAUCGAGAACGGCGUGUUCGAGGUGCUCGCCACGAGCGGGGACACUCAUCUCGGAGGCGAGGACUUCGACCAUAGAGUGAUGGAGUAUUUCAUCAAGCUGAUCAAGAAGAAAUACGGCAAGGACAUGAGCCGAGAUGGGAGGGCCCUUGGGAAGCUCCGAAGGGAGUGUGAGAGGGCGAAGCGAGCUCUCAGCAACCAACAUCAAGUCCGUGUCGAGAUUGAGUCGCUCUUUGAUGGUGUCGACUUCUCUGAGCCCUUGACAAGGGCGAGGUUCGAGGAUUUGAACGUGGAUCUGUUCAAGAAGACGAUGGGGCCGGUCGAGAGGGCGUUGGAGGAUGCGAACUUGAAGAAGUCGGAGAUUCAUGAGAUCGUGCUCGUCGGGGGCAGCACGCGCAUUCCUAAAGUGCAGCAGCUGUUGAAGGAUUUCUUCGAUGGGAGGGAGCCGAGCAAGGGCGUGAAUCCGGAUGAGGCCGUGGCCCACGGAGCAGCCAUUCAAGGCGGAAUCAUUGGUGGAGAAGCUGGCGGAGAAGACCUCUUGGUGAUCGACAGGACACCGUUGAGCCUUGGCAUCGAGACGGUGGGUGGGGUGAUGACGAAGUUGAUCCCAAGAAACACAGUGAUACCAACCAAGAGGUCGCAAGUUUUCACUACUUAUCAAGACCAACAAACCACAGUGUCAAUCAAGGUGUAUGAAGGAGAGAGAGCGUUAACUAAAGACUGCCGCGAGCUUGGGAGGUUUGAACUGUCUGGCAUUCCACCUGCUCCAAGGGGAGUGCCACAAAUAGAGGUGACGUUCGAGGUGGAUGUGAAUAGCAUAGUGCAUGUGACAGCAGAGGAUAAGGCGGGCAAGAAGUCGGAAUCCAUCACCAUCACCAACGAGAAGGGCCGUCUGAGCGAAGACGAGAUCGAGGACAAGAUAAGGGAGGCGGAGGAGUUUGCGGAGGAGGAUAGGAAGGUGAGAGAGAGAGUGGAAGCGAAGAACAGACUAGAGACGUACAUCUUCAACAUGAAGAGCAGCAUCAACGACAAGGAUAAACUUGCAGACAAGAUUGAAGCUGAUGAGAGGGAAACGAUUGAGAGGGCAUUGAAGGAUGGCAUGGAGUGGUUGGAUGGUAACCAAGAUGCUGAGAAAGAUGAUCUGGAUGAGAAGAUGAAAGAGGUGGAAGGUGUGUGCAAUCCCAUUAUAAACAAGAUUUAUGGAGCAAGCUCUGGUGAGGAUGAACCACAUGAUGAGUUAUAGGAUAUAUGUAUUGAUUUAUUAUGACCCUUAUUUUUUAACAAAUUGAUUUUUAAUAAAUCAAUAGCAUUCCCGA